AUGCCGACAUUGGAAACGUAUAACGGAUACCACCUGUGGAACUAUAUCCCGUCACGGCCGGCUGCCAUUACGUUCAUCGCUGUCUUUGCCAUCCUGACGGCAGGCCACACAUGGAGGAUGCUCCGUCAUAGGAUGUGGUUCUGCAUCCCGUUCGUGGUUGGCGGUGCCUUCGAGGUCAUCGGAUAUACCCUCCGAGCUCUAGCCUACGAUAAGACGGGCGAACUCAUCCCCUACGUCCUCCAGUCGAGCUUCCUCCUCCUCGGGCCGGUCCUCUUCGCCGCUUCUCUGUACAUGACACUUAGCAGGGUCAUCCGUGCCGUGGACGGCGGGGCGCUCUCGCCGGUCCAGCUGCGCUGGCUGACACGCAUCUUCGUCGCCGGCGACGUGAUCAGCUUCAUCGUCCAAGCGAGCGGUGCGGCAAUGAAGUCACAGGUCAAAGACAUCAACCCGAACGUGGGCACGAACAUUGUCGUGGGCGGCCUAGUCUUCCAAGUCAUCAUCUUCGGCGUCUUUAUGGUGGUCGCGGCUGUGUUCAACAGGCGCUUCCGCAGCUCCGGCGGCUCGAGCCACGCUCGGAAUAUCCCAUGGCAGGCGGUCCUAAGCAUGCUGUACGCCACGUCGGCCAUGAUUAUGGCAAGGAACGUGUUCCGCGUGGUCGAGUACGCUAUGGGUAACGACGGGUACCUGUUGAGCGUGGAAUGGCCCGUGUACGUGUUUGACGCCGGGCUCAUGUCGUUGACUAUGGCGUGCUUCUUUUGGUGGUACCCCAGUCAGCUCAUGCCCGCGCUGGGAGGGCAGGCGGUGAAGAGCGAGGAAGGUACGUCGAGCAGCUCGGCCGAUAUAGAGUUGCUGAGGAAGUGA